AUGGAUGUGGCCCUCGUCUUGUUGUUGUUCUUCCCCUCCGCCAUCUCCCUUGCGUCUCUGCUGCCGACACCGGCGGUGGCUAGAGGCAGCUUGUCACCCGCGGAGAUCGCAGGUCUGCUCCAGUCGCCCUCCAUGAAUUCAGUUGUUUUUUUGCUAAUGGGUUUAAUGGAGAUGGGUGGAUUUUGCUUUGUGCGGAGGUGGCAGUUUCAUUAUUACGCGGUCUUUCUCUUGCUAGGUUGUAUAUAAUCAUUUGAAUUUGGCAGCAUCGCUUUCAGUGGCUACAAGUCACUGUCUUCAGAAACUCAACCCUGCUGGUUGAUUAUUUUCUCUACACUUGCGUUCCGUUUGCUUAAAACGCCGCAUUUUAGUCGCAAAAAGGAGUAAAUUCUUGAAACCCUAGUGCACGUGCUUACUUAUUCACUCUCCGGGCUAUAUGUCUUCCGUGGUUGGUGAUCAGUAUGAUGUUACUAUCAUUAUUAUAGAGCGUUAUUCCAUAAAUCGGCCAUCCUAAUUUUAAGCUAAGUAUUUGACGAUUUAAUAAAGUUUUCAACCAGGUCAGAGAGAAUUCUCCCCCAUCAAUGGCACGAAAAAGCUGACAAACGCCACGCAGCAGAGCAGAGGAGGGAUUUCCGUUGUCUGUUAGUUUCUGAAUUCCUACCUUACUCGUUAGAAGGGGGUUACUACUAUAACAUGUAAGAAUAUGCUUAAAAAAAAAACUAAGCAGAAGAAUUUAUAUUAGUGAUCAUCUCAGUAACUAGGACGAAGAAUAAGGAAAAGAAUGGCAGGAAGGAGAAAGAGAGAGAGAGAAAAAGCAGAAUGUGUAAUGUACCGACCUGAAAACUAUUUAGAUGAUUUUUUGGGCCAAACUGCAGAGAUAAUGACAUGGGCAACAAGGCACUACAAUAGGUUAGUUGUAGGCACCUUGUGGAGGGUACAUAAAGAUUGCUUACCUAGCCAUCUUAGAUUUAGUGAAAUCGGAGUAGACUGAGGUUGGGAAGAUGGAGGGAUUGGCUAGGAAGAGCCAGUUGUUGGACUCCAUAUUCAGUGACCUUAUACAUUAACGUAUCAUCUGGCAGGAAAAGAGGGAGGAGAGAUAUAAAUAGACAGACACAAACAGAGAAAGUACAAGUUAUAUUUCAGCAUAAGCGCCACUGUUGUGGUGCUCAUCUUGGUCAUCUCAGUGUCUUGACAGCAUAGUUUGUUGCCUUAAUCUUCUUGUUGGAUACAUUGAUCUAUAGAGUUACAUAUUAAUAUAGCGGUAUUUAGUUAAACGUUCCAAAAGUACUCAACAUCAAAAGUUGCAUGACAAACGUCUACAUGUUUUGCUUAUCUCUGAUUUUAACAACCUAAUAUGAUCCAUUAGGGUUAUGAAACAGAAGAUUUAGAAAGUAAGAAAAGAUGAAUCGGUAAUGUUCAUUUUGUUGCGAAUUGGAAUCUAAUAUUCUAGUUAUUUUUUGAAAAGUUAAUUUAUAUAAAAUAAUUCAACUUCUAGAAAUGCCUAUUGAAUCUAUUUUAGAAGCAAUGUUAUGGGACAUCCAUGGCUGAGUUUCUUCUUAGUCAGGUUUCAUGGAAAGCAUGACUUACUCCAGUUCCAAAUUGCUUUCACCUGUAUUAUCAAGGAAAAAUGGUUGUCUCUGAGCACCUCGUUUAUGAGGGCAAUAGUUUGAAUAUGACUGCGAUUAAGUAUUCUCCUUAAUGUUUUCCCAAAAAAAUCUGAGUCUCCCUGCUGUUAUUAAGUUAUAUAGAUUCUUUAUACCAUGUUUAUUCAGCAUUACUAGUGCUAGGGUAAUGCUAAGGUGAUUACUUAUUCAGUAUUCACGUUUUCUUCCCGUGUUCCGUGGAUUAUGCAGAUAACCCCAAGUGGGAAGCUAAUCGACACCUUUUAGAGAGCAUGCCUGAGAUACCGUAUGUAUCACAAGUACUGAUUUGUUAAUUUAUUUCAUUGUAUAUAUUUUUUCAGGAUGAGGCUCAAAUUCGUAUAGGAAGCCUCAUUUUUGUGCUUUAACUGUUCCAGGGUGGAAGCCACUCAUGGGUACAUGAGCAAUGUAGAACUUGAGCAGGCUAUAAAAGAAUUUAGUCAAAAGUGUGGAAAUAUCUCCAGGACCUACAGGUAACAUAUCUGAGUUUUUGGUCAUUGUCAUUAAUUUUGGUGUUAUUAUAUAAUUCAAGGGCCGAAUAUAUCAGAACUCAUAUUUAAGUUUCAGUCUGAGAGCCUGAGAAUCCACGGAAUAAUUCAUGACUUAAACAUGUGAAAAAAAAAUUGGCACAUUAUCUCCUUUAUAUUUUUCUAUGUUGUCCUAUUAAUCUAGCCCACGGUGGUAGAUGCCAAAAAAAAUUCAGUAUAUUAAGUUAUCAAGGGCAUUUGCACUGUUGCUCCGUGGCCCCCAAACUUUUCUUUGUGAUCCAUUCUAAUGAACACAUAAAUUAGGACUGGAUGUGGCCGCCUGACUGAUUCUGAUCAGACAGUUAGGACAUAAUCAAGUGAAAACAUGUAGUUCCUCUGAGGACGUGGCAAGUGUGACAAAACAUGUAGAUUUGGCGGAUCCAGUUCCAGAUUUGGACAGCUCUUGAGAAUGCACGAGUAAUACAACUUUAUUUAAUGCAACUAUUUUGGAAUUCAUGUAUGGUGACGUUAUAUAGAGUAAUAGAACUUUAUAUUCAUGUAAUACAACUUUAUGUGUUGCUUUCUUUGUUGGGCACGUAUUUUGCCUAUACUGACUUAUGUUCUCUUCUCAUAUUGAGGAUUUUUUGGAUCUGAUUCCAGUAUUGGACAAAGUGUGAAUGGGUUUACACUGGUAAUAACCACUUCCUGUUCUUGUAUCUUCAAAUGCAUAAAUAACUGAAACAUGACGAAAUACUGAGAUUUCACUGGAGGUUGUUUUGCAUCUAAAAUAUUAUCGUUUUUACCUGCUACAGUGGGUGAUAGAAAUUUCUGACAAGCCAGGUAUAGAAGAAGCCGAACCUGCAUUCAAAGUGAGUCGUCUGUUAUCACGCAUACUUUUGUUCAAUUGAAAACACAUUUUACUUUAGGCCCCAUCUUUUAAUAUGAUUCCAAAUGAUCAAACAAUAAUAUUGUUGUACAAUUUCUAGUUUGUCAUUAUAGCUUAACUUAACUGCCUUAACAGCUGUCAGACUAGUCUUUAAAUAAGAGACCAAACCCGACCCAUUACGAGAUGUAAAUAAAAUGGCAAGUUUAACUUUUGAAGGAAGACCAAAUCGAUUAAUAAGAAAUUUCUGAUGAAGUAGGAAGAUGAUGCUUUAAACAAGGGCCAAUCUACAACAAGGAAAAUUUUCAAUUAAAAUGGCAUGUUAAUCAAUUAAAGAAGGAAAAUAAAAUUCUCGAAUUUAUGUUUGACACACUUAAUUAUAUCGAGCAUGUUUAUUAAGAAUGGUCAUGUAUUGGUCACCACAAAAGUAAACAUGUGAUUGCAAACAUGAGCCUACUUCAGUUAUAGUCAGUUGGUCUUUCCUUCGAAUACUAAGUUGCUAUAAUAUGUUAUCAGAGUCCAUGGUUGUUUUUGGACUGGUCAUACCCCAUUUACGUUUUCUGUGUGAAAAAAACCUGAAUAGUGACGAGGCAUGUUGUGAAUAGUGACGCACCGGUUCUACAAAUUUGCACGUGAUUGGAAAAAUGGUUCUUGAGUUGGAUAGCCCAAUGAGUGUAACAUGUACAAUUUUUUCCUACAUCAAACCUUUCAGUGCCGAGUACAAUAAUUGUUUGGCCUUCCUUAUUCACUUGCUAGUGUCGGUCGUUUAACAACAUUCUUUUUUCCAAUGAGUUAAUUUAGCCGAAUUAGAUGAGGAAUGUAGGAACGAAUUUAUGACAUUUCGACUGUAUGAACUUCACCAGCCUCAGUGGCAGAAUCUUUGCCUUUGACCGAGUGGUGGCUACUUUACUGUUGUAAUAAUGCUGAAGCUUCAAAAAACAAUUAUUUAUAUCGGGCUGAAAAAGAUAUAUUGCGUGCCUGUCUAUCAAGCCAUAUUUGUAUGGUAUGGAUUGUUGAGGCUUGGAUAUUCUCAUCAGCUAGAUAUUUUGAAAUUUCACACUGUUAAUUGCUCUAAUAUUCUGUGUUGAAAAGCAAUACCGAGCUUGCCAACCAUAUCUUGUCUUGAAUGUAAUCGACACCUGACCGGGAAUAUUUUUGGAACUUCUCUAUUGUUUUCCUGUUCAAUUUUGGAACAUCCAACGACUGACUGGACCCUGGGUGUUUUCUCCUCCCAAUUUCUGCCACCGUGAUUUCAUGAGGAUAGUCUACUCGUGCUUAAGAUCAGUUCUAUAUUCAAUUUUAAGGUUGUCUCGAAAUGCAUCAUUUUGCUGACGUAUUUUGCUAGAACGUAUUCCUUUUCAGGGCCUCCUGUAGACCAAGGACCAUGAUCAUGUUUGGAACCCAUAUUUUCGUUCAAAUUUUUACAAUGUUCCUUCUCCAGAAGAAGACUUUAUAGUUGGCGUGCUUCUUUUCAGUUCAUGUUGUCUGAUGCAGCCACCUAUAUUGCCUGUCUAAAAGACGUCUCUCCAAAAAAAUUCUAAAACCGCCUGGACCACGAAUGUACCUCUGUUUCAGUGUCCUGUGAAUGGAUAUCCCAAGACAGUUCAUUGCAUAUGCCUGACUAAGAACCUUUUCGUUAUGUUGUUCCUGGACCCCUUCAUUCCAUGACUGAGAGCCUAGAUUUUACUACCCCCUGAUUCCAUCUAUUUAAGUAUACCUAAUUUCAACAUCUACCAUUUUGCAUUUAUUUUCUUAUGGCAUUGUUGUGAAAGUGUUGCAUUUGCCUUUUUUAUAAUUAUUGGGCGUAUAUGACUUUCGAAGUGAAUUAACAUCUGCUGAAAAUCGAUGCAGUUUAUCGGAAACAUGCAUGGUGAUGAACCUGUUGGUAGAGAGCUACUUUUGCGGCUUGCUAAUUGGUUAUGCGAUAACUUCAUGAAAGAUCCUUUGGUAUUGUUAUCCUCGUAUAUAUUUUUCACUCUUGAUAUUUUUUUUGGUUUUUAUUCGUAUUACGUCUGUUGCUAUUUUAGUUGGCCUUGCUGUUCUACUUUUGUUGAGGAUUGUAGCUGUGAAUGAUUCCAAAUGACUGAAUUCUUUACCAUACAUCAGUAUUAUGUUAUUACUGUUUGUUUUCACAUGGAAAUUUCUCCACUGAUUCGUUUUAGGGUAUAACGAAUUUUUCCAAUUGCCUUAUGUUUUGUGUAGGCAACAUUGAUUGUAAAGAAAGCUCACCUUCAUAUCCUUCCAACGAUGAAUCCCGAUGGAUUUACUCUUAAAACGCGUGGAAAUGCAAAUAAUGUAGACCUGAAUCGAGAUUUUCCUGAUCAGGUGAACAUCUUUACACAUAUGUCUACUGGUUUUAGGCAUUUUCCUAUGAAUUUGUCCUUGGCUAUCUGGGGUUUCUAGAUUUCAUUUAACCCAGUUUUGGGCCUUUUGAUAUAAUGUUUCCCAAACUUAUCCAAGACAUGUCUGUAGUUCUUCUCUAUGAAUAAUGAUAUGGACUUGCGGCAGCCAGAAACAAAAGCAGUCAUGAACUGGAUGAGAAAGCAACGUUUUACUGCCUCUGCGAGUCUGCAUGGGGUAACAUAUUUUUUUCCUGCUAUUUCUUCAAUCUUUUCGUUUCAAUACUCGUGGCUUUUUAAAGUUGCAUGCUAACUAUUCUUCUUUUUGGCAUGUGUGACUUUAAUGCAACAAACAAGUUUCAAUAACUAUGUAUAGGAUUGGUCGACAAUAGAGACGAGCUACAAUUUUUCUUUUUCUUUUUUUCUGUCUUGCUUCAGUUGGGUACUCUGACAAACAUACACCAUUGUGCAGAGUUUACAGAGCAGACACUCUAGGAAGGGCAAGUAUGGCAAGUCAUGCCGAGUAUUUAGUUUUUUUUUGUUCCGUUCUACGUUAGAAAGGCGUGUAUCAGUCCUUUGUCCUACCAGGGAGAUGACACAUAAAGGGCAUUGCUUCAUGAGGUAUAAUUGUUAGGCUGUUACCCUGUUCAUUUUCAUCAGUAUAACCCUUUCCAGCUGCAGAAAGAUAGGACUAAUGGUUCUCUUCAACACAUGAAGAACACACCCUCCUUCAUGUUUUUCCCACCCUCUCCUCUCUAAAGAGAGGAGAACAAGCUUGCUUGAUCUGAAGACGCUUACAUACAUGUCAUUUAUGACACAUCUAUGCAUGAGCGAUCCUAGACCAAACCAUCAGGAAGCGAUUCUGGAGAAAAUUAAUGAGGGCAGAAAGCAGAGACAGAAUCAGCAUGUAGCCGUGGAGACAAGCAUGAGUGCGUUCCGACCAUGUGAAGGCAUGAUACUGGCAUCUGAGUCCGCUGAGAGCCUCAUUUUCUACAACAUACACCAGAACACCACAGGGUUCUAAUUUAGUUCUAUCAGGGAACCUUUGAAAGUGCACAGAUGGUAUCCAGAGAGAAGGUUCUUGCCUCAGUUGAUGUGACAUUUAAAAUAUUUGUGACUACGAUUAAAGCUUUUUCUCAGGAAAAUAGUUUAUCAAUGAUGAUAUUGAUUGUUAGAUGUCUUUGGAUGUAAAAGUUGUGUAUCAUGGUGCAAUUAUUCUAGAGCAAUGCUUAGUUGUUGAAUAUAUAGUAUCCAUCUGUUGAUUUAUUGAGUCAUUCUUUAAAACUGUCAACGGAAGUGUAUGCCUGAAGCUUUUCUUUAAUGUGGCUAGGGUAAGCUUUUUUUCUUUAGUAGGCCGAAUUAAAUGCUGACAAUUAUGAGGGUUAUCUGGAUGUAAAAUGUAAGAUGAUGAAUGUGGAAAGAUGUACGAAAUAUUAUAAUGCUACUAUGUCGGAGGAAUUCUUUGUUGUCAAUAUUCAUCUAUGAUGAGUCAUUUCAUCUGGUUCUCACGAAAUUCCAUUACCUGAAAAUUUUGACAGGGUGCGUUAGUUGCAAAUUAUCCAUGGGAUGGAUCACGAGAUUCAAGGUGAUGAUCUCUAGGUCGUUUUGUCUCAGGUUUCAUCUCCUAGUUCAUUAAAAGAUUUUUGGCCUUGGUAUAUACUUUCCGACUGAGAAUAGUGUCCGAGAAGCUACUAGAACGGAUUUUAUCUGUUCUUCUUUCACCUAGCUUGUGGAUUUAUCCUUUCAUCUUGUUAACCGAUGGUGUGGUAACAUUGUCGUUUAUAUGUUUAUGUUAUUAAGCUAAUUGAUACAUGUGCUUCAGACGAGGCAUUAUUUGGCCAGAAAAAUUGGCAAUCAGAGUGAGUAGGUCAUCCAUUUGUAUGAUCUGAUUAUAAUAUAAUGAAAGAUGAUCUUAAUAAUGAGGGUGAGUUGUUUGUAAGAUCCGAUGGUCGUAUAGAGAAAGAUGAUCUUAAUAAUCAGAGCGAGUUGUUUGUAAGAUCUAGUGGUUAUAUGGACAAAAAUAAUUGAAAUAAUCAGAGUGAGCGCACAGGAAUAUGUUUUUAAGCUCUUAUGUUCAGGUUAUCCGCGUUUAUAAUAUUAUAUCACAUCAAUUUUAUUUCAAGUUCGAAAGUUUGAGGUACGGUUAUUACAAUCACAUAUUUUCAAGUGUUGGCCACAGUUCUGAUUCCUUAAAAGCAGUCGUUAUUUCGUUGUUUUUCUUCUACCACAAAGCUUUACCUUGUUUGGCUCACAUGUAAUUUCAGAAAGGAGUAUUAUGCCUGCCCAGAUGACAAGACCUUCCGCUACAUGGCAAAUGUGUACAGCCUUUCUCAUCGUAACAUGUCUUUGAGCAAUGAAUUUCCCGGUGGCAUUACAAAUGGUGCAUCUUGGUGUGUGUAAAAUACCAUCUUCUUUCCUUGUGAAUAGUUAAGCAUUCUUUGUGAUGAUUAUGCCUCUUUUAUUGACCCACGAACAGUAUUGUCGAUUCUUUCUGGUCAUGGUCACAAUCCUGUAAGCUUUCCCUUUUCUGUAGGUACCCUAUAUACGGAGGCAUGCAAGACUGGAAUUACAUUCAUGGAGGAUGUUUUGAAUUAACAUUGGAAGUUAGUGAUGUUAAGUGGCCCAAGGCAGAUGAGGUUUGUUCUCUUUACCCCCAUCAUAUUCUGCAGGAUGAUUGUCAUAGAUUUCAUCCAAUCCUUAAAGAUAAGUAGUAAUUAGAUGAUGAACUCUUUUCUGUCCAGUGGGAUGCGUAUUAAAAAAAAUUCUCUCCAACGUAAUAAGAGAGUAUGUUCACUAGUCCUGAAUCCCUCUUAAUGAAGUUGAAAACUAAUGAAUAUGGAAAUACCAAAGGUUCCUGAAGAAAUUUAUUUUUUUUAGGCGGUGCCUGAGAAAGAAGCUCCAGGAAGUGAAUUUCAUUAUUCUGCAGAAAAUAGGAAGAAGAAAAAGUUGGAAAAGAUAAUUAGGGAAAUGUCAAAGUCGCCGUUCAGUCAUUUUCUUACCUUCAAAGCUACAAAGAUAACCUAUUCUUAUUAAGGUCAAAGCGUUCCUCUUCUGUCAUCAUCAUGGGUUUGUUUCUUGGCUUCGUAUGAUAUUUUUCAUGCUAUAUCUUUGUUGAAUGACGACACCAUGAAACCUAGGCUUUUCAAUCCUCAUGCAACAUAGUGCACUUUUAUUCAUUCGGUGAUCCUUUUUCAGACGUUAAGUGUUUAGUGCCAGGUCAAGCACAUUAGACCAACUACUAUUCAUGUUCAAGCAAUUGAUGAACGCCAUAUUUAUUCCCUGGCUCCUAGAAAAGCUUUGUAAUACAUGUUCUUGUUUAUUUUUCAAAGGGAUGGGUUUUUCAGUUUCCUUCCGAAUUUUUCUGGGCACCAUUUAAAAAAAUUUAGUUAGUCAUCAUUUACUUGUAUAGCAUUUAAAGGCAUAUCACAAAGCAGUUUACCAAAGAUAUCUGGUCGUACCUGGGCCAGUUUUCGGAUCUUCUGCCAUCUGGAAGAAUCUUUGUUCAUACAGAUUACCACAGCCAUCCCGCUGACUUCCUGAUCUCUCUGUUUUCCCAUAUUCCACUAUCACUCGGGCACUGAUUUAGGCAUUAAUUAGAAAAAAUUAUGUAGUACUAACCUGCCUCCUUGGCUCUCUCCUCUUCAUUCCACCAUUGUGUGUGCAGCUGGAGACCCUUUGGUUGUUCAACAGAAUGAGCAUGCUGAAUCUUGUUGCAUGGACCAUCAAGGUAAGAUUUUCUAGUGGCGGACGAUUUCUCUGGGGCUUCGUUCCAUAUCUUAUUCACUUCGACAUAAAGAAAUAAAAUAUUUGGUUCACCAGUUUUCCAUAUUCCGAUCCAAUUAAAAAUUCUCAGCAUCGUGUUGUAUAUUUUUCCAUUUUUAUUUAUUUUAUAGUAAAAAAUCACCGUCCCUACAAAGGUAGAGCAGUUAUUUUCUCUCUUGAAUUCAUUGAGAAUUUGAUGAACAGAUCUAAGUCCCAUGUUCAUGUCUGAUUAUGUUUUUCGCAUCAUAAAUGAUCUUGCUUGGGUCAGCAGAACAAUGACCUUUACGUUCUCAAUUCUCAUAGACAGGACUGCAUGGAAGGAUAGUCUCAUCAUCUACCAGGCAACCUUUGCCUGCCUCUGUGAUAAUAAACGGGAUAGAUUACAAGGUAAAACACUUUAAUCUGCAAUGGGUUGACCAAAUCCCUUUCCACCUUAAUCUAGCAAGACAUUGUUCUACUCUUGAAAGGUUCCUUCUUGAUUGGAGAUACGAUUGCCUCAUUUUUUUUCUGUCUAGUGGUAUUUAAAGAACCGUCUAAGAUAUUUUCUGUUGUAAGUUCAUCUGGUCCUCCUCUUCCGUUGUACAGGUCAAUGCUAGUGAGGAGUUUGGUGAUUACCACCGUAUGCUUGCCCCUGCUCAAAGCUAUGAAGGUAGGUGCGUUUGAGUUGUAUAGCACGAUUUAGAGUUUAAGACAGUGAUAUGCUAUAGAUGGGCUUAUACGAGGAACAAGUUAAGCCAUGUAGCUAUUAAGUGAAUUUUUUUCUCCCAACUCUCAUAUUCAUCAGAAAAAAAAAAAAAAAAUACAUCUUUCAAAGAAAACUCAUAUAAUUUUGUUUUGAAGUAUUUUUUAAUGUUUUAUUACCAAAGUAAUACCUAAAUUUAACCAUUAAUAGUAUACUAGUUUGUGUAAUCUUACGAUUAAUUUGUGGAUUUAACCGUGCAGUCACUGCCUCGAUGCCUGGUUACCAAUCCAAAUCCACUCGCAUCAUCUUGCUGGAGAAUGAAGCCAUGAACUUGGACUUUGUUCUUGACCCGGAGGAACUGACCGGCCAAGUCCACCUCGCUCGGCCCUAUGGCUGUCACUGCGACCCCGAGGACAAGCUGGGCCGGGCGGAUUUCUUCAGAGGUCUCCAUCUGCAGGUUUAUCUUCUUGCUUCUCUUAUCCUGCUACUCCUUUACGCUUUGGUGAAGAGAAGACAGAUCUUGAAGGUCUUUCAGCAUAGACACCCCAGGAGGGUCGCCCCGAUCCCGUAG